AUGGACCGUUCGAUUUUGACAAUGUCAUCUAACAAAAUCUCACCGAAUUGUUUGAAACUUGUUAAGGCUUCUUCUGAUGACCGUGAUGCCCGAGUCAUAUCCUCCCGGAUGGGUAUGACUGUUCCAGAAUUCAUGAACGUCCUGGGUUACUCGAGUACUACUGAACAAAAUAUCUCUAAUUCAAGUAGUUUGGUAUGGCCCAAACAUACAGAGUUAGAGGUCAGAGAUCCCUGGUCAUCAGUUUAUCAAUAUGAACCUACUGAUGUUAGCUGGUGCAUUCGUUUUAAAGCACUAGGGUGUUAUAACUUUAUCCCACCUCCUUUCAUAAACCGUUCUUAUAAAGUACCAACAACUCCCAUCCCGGCCUCUGAUCUUAACAAAAGUACGCCUACAAUUGACCAAGUAUCUCCCGGUAGUAGGACAAUACAUACACUCCAGAAGAUAAGUACAUCCGAAAAAUCAAAUGUGGCUCCAGGGACUAUCACAUUAGCUGAGCGUCAUAAGCUAUGGGAAGAUCUGUUAUUGUCUGAUAGCGAAGAAGAAAAUGAAGAGAAGCCAAGACCAAGAACAUCGUCUAGAACUAUUGCCGUUGAGACACCAAUAGAUGACGGUGAUAUGUUGGUUAAACCAGGUGAUAAAAGCACGUCAGAGAGCCUUUCUAUUCUCAAUCAUGCACUACGUCCACCACCACCAUUCGUCAGUCCACUCUCCAUCCUAAAUGCUGACGGUUCCGGAACAGAAUCUCCUAUUCCAAAUACCCAAAAUGGCUUCAUAGAUCUGCCGCAAAUUGAUGUUAAUAAACAAGAUCCUCUUGAAUCAAAGAUAUCCGGGCGUAUUUCCGAGGCUCCGACCGAGUGUGUUGUGAGCAAAUCUGAAAAUCCAAUGUACUUAUCUGGAAGUCGACCAUCUCCUUUAACUGCAGAAAAUCCAUUACGAAAACAUUAUCCAGAAGAUUUUAGGACGUCACUUCCAAUCAACAAUUCAAGUGAUAAUAACAACAACGUUUCUAGCAGGUUGACAACAGUUACAAGCACUACAACUCCAAAAUUGACAAUACAGAAGCCAAUUCUAGUGUUGAGUGAUAAAUCCAAUUCCAACCAUGAUAUCGUAAUUAAGCCCCGUACUGAUACAAUAACAAAUAGGACAAGCGAAUAUUUCAAUGAGCAUUGUAAGGGUCCUGAAACCAAAAAAAAUUUCAUUCAACGUUUGCUUUUCGAAUCAGGACAGUUUUUAACUCAGAAAGACUGUCUGAUCACAGAGCUCAGCCCAAUCCAUCAUAGUGACCCAGUUAAUAUACUUACAAAACCAUCUCAGGUAAUUGAAGAAAAAUCUGUGUUUACUGAACAAAAGUUGGAGAACGCAACCAAUUCUCCUGAUGCUCAUCAAACACCAUCAGAUGAUUCUAAUUCAAAAAUCAACUGCAAAUCAUCGCAUCAAGAAUGUACCCGCUCAGAUGGUAAGAAUGUAACACCGGAAAAAUCAAAAACAAUGGGUCACCAAUCGUUAUUCCAUUCUAACCGUCGAAAAGAUGUCGAAAAAGUAGAUGCUCGAACUGAAGAUAAGACUUUUAAACUUAAUUCUGUUUUCGUUACUCAGGAAGGAUCGAAUGAAUUAUCCAUUAACCGUAAUUGCCUUUCUAGUUUAUCAUGUCCCGUUGAUGAAUACAUCCCACCUACUGCUAACUUAACUCCAGGAUUGGCGAAACCUAUCGAUACACUAGAAAAAGAGCUCAACAGAUCAGAUGUCAAUGAAAUCACGGAAAAAAAGACGGGUAAUAACGAAGUUCAGACUCUUAUUACAAAUAUAGAUAAAUCUCAUAGUUAUAUGAAUAAUUCCAGUAGCAUGCCGCCCCCAGCUCACGAUUCCACUGGUAAGAAGCUAAAAAGGCGAUCAAAAUGCAGCUCAAAACUUACAGUAUCCAAGGUGUCAGUCACAACACCUAGUUCUGAGUUAUCGACUCAUGAACAACCACAAAAUGAUUCUGAUAUGAAGAAGGAUAUCAAUGAUUCUGUUUCCUUAGUUCAGAAUACUGUGGGUAUUUAUCCUCUUCGUGACAUCCCAUCUGACUGUUGGAUAUUUCCUGACUUAACGGUAACCAAAGUUCGUAAUAAAAUACAACAGUCCUUCUCUCGGACGUCAAAUUCCUCACCUAAGAAUGAAGAGGUUCCCAUUAGUUUUUCUUCAUCUGAUUAUCAUUUAAUUAAAAAAAUGAGAGAUAUUCUGCGUGGUGCUGUUGAAAAUGACAGUUCAGUAAUCUCCAAGACCAAUCAAAGUAGACGUACUCGCUCCAGGUCACUUACAGGUAUUUUACUCGUCCCACCACCCAGUUUCACUGGAUCAUGUGAAACGAAACAAUCACACCAUCUAGCAGACGAACCUUCGUCUCAUAAGAGUUACCAUGAUAUUUACACAAUGACGUCGCCUCAUCUUAAUCGAACUACCAUCUUAAAUGAUGUAGAUGUUCAAUGUGACAUAUGGCCUAGCAGUAGUAAUAAUAAUUUGAUAUCUAGUCGUUUUGUUUCACAGUGUUCCGUUGGUAUAAUUAGCACUCCUACUCAAAAGCCUCUUGGUACUGUGCCCCCAAUUCUCCGUGAUCCAGUCUGUGAUCUUACUAACUUGUCAUCAAAUAUUGCUCAGAAUUUACCGCAGUUGGGUGGUCAAUCACUCCCAUGUAUGAAUCUCUCUGAUAGUUUGCUUUUUAUUGAGGAACAAUUUGGCAGGAUCAUCAAACAGGAGAAUGAAAAACUACAGGAUAGUAACCCAUCGAGUGAAAUAUUCAAAGCAGAAGAAUGUAAAUUCGAAGCAUCUAAAUGUUGGAAAGCGUUAGUUAGCGCUAUAUCCUCUUGUUCUCGUGAUAAUAGUUCUAGUGAAGUACCAAAUCGUUCACAGAUGCUUCUUAAUUUACAACCACUUCAUGAAUAUCCAGUACAAAUGACUAGAUCAGUAAAACACUAUUUAGCUGCUGCAUACAUCUUUGAAUCCAAAAAGGAAAUACUCAGGGCUAUUGAUAUGCUUACUGAAGCAGCUAAUCAAAUUCAACAUUGCGUUCGUCGAAUGCAUCGAGUCGAAGCAAAAUUAACUAAACGUCGUAAUCAUCGAACUGAAGUAGAGAAUUCUCCUGAUACAAAUGAAUUAACAAUCAAAGUUAAACGCGAUGCUAGUUGGAUGUACUUAUGGUAUUAUGUUUUAAUGAGAAUCAAAGCUGCCGUUGGAUUUCAUACAUAUCGUUUAAGAUUACAGUCAAUAGACAACUUGCGUGAAGAGAUAGACGCAAAUCUUUCUGUGGUAAAACAGCACAUUCCUAACCUAAAUGAUAAUAUUAGUUUGCCAAAAGUUUCGGAUAGUCCUUCUUCAUCAAAACCAUCUUCAAUUAAGUCGAAAGUUACAUCUAAUUCGUCUUCUGAAGAUUUGAAGAUGUUGGAAUCUUUAGUUGUCCAAUUUUCUCGCUUUAAUCAAUUAACAUCUUGUGUAUAUAGUGCAAUGAUAGAAUGGCAACAGGCUGAUGAACUAGUUACAAAAGUUCCACAUCUUAAGUCACCCGUUGGACGUAAAUCAGAAGGUUCAACUGAUACUACCGGUUAUACUUCAUUUUCAGGACAUUCAAGACCAAUUCAUACUAUAGAUAUUGACAUCGCCAGUUCAUCAGAAGGAGCAUAUAUCAAUACUUCUCAAAUCCCCAUUCUAAUUUUGUUACGUUAUAUGGAUGGAAUUUUUCAUGUUCAUCCACUUAUUAUUGAUCAGUUGAAAUAUCCUUCUGUACAAGAGUCAUCUCAGUUGAAAAAUAAUAGUUCAAGUGAAAUUCAAAAUCUAUCUACUGUUUCACAAGAACAAAAGUUUGUAACUUCAAAUUCCACCUUGAUAACUGACUCGGUUCCCGUAUCUGAUACGAUCUUGUCAACAGUCUCUAGAACUCCUAACAAACAACAACAGCCAUCAAAUAAUUUUGCACAAUCAAAGUUCGAAAAUACUGAAGCUAAUAACGUUAACUGCCACCCAGAACCUCCCAGUACCCAUGGCAUCGGUGAGCGGCUUUUGAAAAAGAAGUCUCACAAGAAACACUUUUCUGAUGCUAACCCGUCUCCGAGCUUAGUUUCUUCGUCUGUUGCGAAACAAUUCUCACUUCAUCAUUUCGGUGCUUUAGAUGAGAACUGUUCUGAUGCCUCUGUACCUUCCUCUAAACCUGAUAUAUCCAAUAUUCCUAAACGGAAAUCCAAAAGACGACGUUUACUGCAGUCUAAUGAGUCAACAGAUAUAUUACCCUUACCCAUAGAUGCUUCUUCAACUAAUACAGAUACUGAUUUGGAUAGUUAUGGACGAUCAGCUUCUUUUAAUAAGUGCAAUGAAUCACCUGGGAAAAAAUCCCAUAAGCCUAAAACUGUACGUAAAUUAAAUAAUCUUGAGCCAGAGUGCUUUGAAAAUCGGAAGCUCGAUCGUAUUGAUAACUCAAGUUCACAGGAACGUGGAUCACAUGCAGAUGGUCACUUAUUUUCAAAGAAAAAAUCAAAACGAUCGCACACACACACAGAACAUAUAAAACCUAAUUGUAAUAUGGUUUCACAUCCUUGUAGAAUUAUUGCUUCUGAUGAUCAGUCGCCUGGUGCUUCCCCUCCUCCAUCACGAAAAUUUUGUCGCAGCAAGAGUGUAGCACCGAUUGCACCGAAAUCUCCUUCUAGUCAUAUCAGUUCACUUUCAAAUGUACCUAAUGUAAGUUGUCCUAUUUCAGUUGAAGAUAAUACUUAUCAGCCGAAAAGAAUUAAACCAUUACAUUCUAAAGUACACGGACGACGUAUUUCCGAUUCUCAAUCUGAUUCUGACUCUUUCCCGACACCAACCUAUAAACCAUCGAUCCCCGUCGAUUCUCCAGAUGCAAAGAACAAACAUAGUCAACGUCGCCGUUCUCGUUCAGUCCAUCUCUCAUCAUCAAGGCGAAAAAAUGAGUCACCUGUAGAAGUCCCUAGCAAUGCUAACGCAUCUGAAUUGUCACAAGACUCUAUAGGUUACAGUCCAACUAAAAGAAGUCUAAUAAACGGUGGCGCUUCAAAUAUACCUGACGCAAAUUCUUUACCUGUUUAUCAUGUUUCUCAUAUUUCCCCAAGUCCACCUCCUAAGUCACAAUAUAAAAAUAAGUCUAGUAACAGUCAGAAUGAUUUAGUUCGAUCUAAAAGUUCUCACCAUUCUAACUUUAAAUCACAAUCAUCAAUUGUUAAAUCAUCAUCUGAAGUCCCACCAUUUUAUGCCCGUUGGAUCAAGGAGCCUUCCAGUACGGAUCGCUUUUCUAGUACUUCAUCAAAUAAUAGUAAUAUUAGCAAAAAACACCAAGCACAAUGGUAG